UCGAUUCAAUCUCGCCUACGAAUUCCAAUGUCCGCCGCCAUCAAUGCGGCUGAAGCCGCCCGAGAGCCCCUCACCUCCACCAGCUUCCUUACCGACGGCUGCGUUAACUACAUCGGCAUUAACAUUACCGUGACCCACGAGAUCAAGUCCAGCAUGGCCGCUCGCCUGCUCCGCUGCGAAGCUCCCUCACCGCACGCCACAAACCCCCUCCCAACUAUCCCACAGGGCCGCUCCCGCUACAUCAUCCCGCCUCCCUCGCGCCGUCGAUCGAGUCGCUUCCUCCUUAAAGACAACGAAUUCUCUUCCUCAUCCGUUCCUGCUGCCACUGGAACCGCCGCCGACGAGCCCGUGGUCUGGCUCCCAGCGCAACAAGUUUGGGUCAAGAACCACCAAGGCAACGUCGUGCCUCCGUCGAACAAGCUGCGCAUUGGCCCCCAGAGCUUUGUCAGUCUUCUGGGUCGCGAUGGAACGUAUGCGGCUGUUUGCCAUGUUUCGCAGGUUGAGAGGGUGAUUGCGUACAUUGCUGAUGUUAACUCGGCCAAGUCGGAGCGGUUGUGCGUUGCUACUGGAGGCGUGGACUUUCCCGAGGACGAGAGACGGUGGAUGUAUGUGGUUUCUUGUGUAGGUGCGGCUACGGAGGGAUGGGAGGGCUUCGAUAGUGCCGGCUUGGAGCCAGGUGGUUAG